GUAUGUGAUCCAGGAAAUAGAAGAAACCCGAGGAACCAUUUUAAACAGUGCGAUGAGUUUCAAUGGCGUGAACAACAUCAAGAACCGAGCGCUUCCGAUGGAUACGGGUUUAUAAAGUUUCAGGAGCUGUUUAUUGCCAUUCAAGACCCACACAGUGGGUCCUGCAGAGCCUGAAGACUUCCUUAGAUCAGAGGACGGAAAAAUGACGUCCCUGGACAAUUUUCAGAAGACAGUCCAGAACCCGAGUAUUCCAUAUACUGGGACUAUACUUGGGGGUCUUUUGCCUGGAGAGCUUGUGGUCAUACGUGGGUCCGUCCCAGAAGGUGCAGAAAGGUUCCAGAUAGACUUCCAGUGUGGCAAUAGCACAAAACCUCGGGCUGAUGUAGCCUUUCAUUUCAACCCCCGCUUCAAAAAAUCCGGUUGCGUUGUUUGCAAUACCCUACAGAACGAAAGAUGGGGCUGGGAAGAGAUAACUCAUGCAAUGCCUUUUGGAAAAGGAAAGCCAUUUGAGAUCGUUUUUAUGGUUCUGCAUGAUAAAUUCCAGGUAUCUGUAAAUGGAAAGCACUUGUUGAUCUAUAAGCAUAGGCUUAACCUUGAAAAAAUAGAUACAAUUGGAAUAUAUGGAAACGUGCAAGUCAGUAUGAUAGGAUUUGUGUCAAAUACGUCUUUGCAAGGCUCUCAGCCAUCCUUGCUAGGGGCAACAAAGACAAACGCAGGAAAUCAGGAAGAAGUCCCUGAUGCGUCACAGUUUGUAGUUCCUUACAUUGCACGACUUCACUCUCCUCUUGAGCCUGGGCGAACAAUUGUCGUAAAAGGAGAAGUUAAUGAAAAAGCAAAUAGCUUUGCCAUUAACCUUAAAGCCAGUGACUCAGAUGACAUUGCGUUGCAUCUGAAUCCCCGAAUAAGAGAUAAAGCUCUUGUGAGAAAUUCCUACCUGGACAGCAGCUGGGGAGAAGAAGAAAAGCAGAUUUCUCAUUUUCCUUUCGCUCCAGGAAUGUACUUUGAGUUGAUAAUACUCUGCAAGGCCCAUCAGUACAACAUUGCAAUCAAUGGUGUGCAUGCCAUAGAGUACAAACACCGGUUCAAACAGCUUGGAAAGAUCAGCAUCCUGGAAAUCCGUGGGGACCUUCAACUGCUGGAUGUGAGGAGCUGGUAACCGCGAUGCAGUACUUGUGUGUUACUUUCAAAGUGAUUUUAGAAAGGUCUCCUUGAAUCCCUUCCUCUAAGCUUGAGGGCGUUGAGCAGCAUUAAACUUGAUCCAUCUACUGCAGCAAAUAUAUAUAUAUAUACUGGAUGCAGAUUGCUUACAAAAACCUUUCUGUAUUUGUCCAUAGAAAUCAACUGACAUAAUAUCUAAAAACUAACCAUAGCUUGCAGAAUAAACAUACUGUUGAUUCACAAUGUAAUAUUAAGUUAUAAAUAGCUACCAGCUGUUGUUACUAAAAUGGUGUCUGCUAAAUUCAACUAAUGAAUUUGAAGACUAUAUUGUUAAGCUAACUCUGCUGCUGGUAAUGGAAGGUAUGGCAGAUUCAAAAGAACUCUUAUGUUCUUACCUUUCUCAUGCUUUUAGAACAUUUCUCGAAAUUAUAACCAGUAUAUACUCUCAACUGGUUGCACUGUAUUGGAAAAUACAUAUUCUCAUGAAGGGCACCAUUAUUAGUCUCAAUUUUUAGAGGUGUCUUUCUUCACAAAAACAUGACCAAAAUGGAGAAACUCCUAUUUUGUUGUACCAGAUAAGUGUUUGGGGUUUAGGGCUAGGGAUUAGAGACAAAGGGUCCAUUUUCUCUCUCUCAGCUGAAGGGCGCAGAAUUAAAAUUUUACUUCUGGGAAGCUAUGUAGAGAAAAUUAGAUACCAUGACUUCCAAAAUCUUUAUCUUUUAAAGAAAUGAACUAUAAUGACUUGCUGCAGUGGCAAGGAAACUGUGGCCCUCCCAGCUGUUGUUGGACUUCAUCUCAAGGCAGCAUGGCCGAUAGGAAUGAGGAGGUAUAGUCAAACCUCUUCCCUGGUCUACCUGAAACCUUUUAUUUAACAAUGCCACCAGCAGAGAUUAGGUCACUGAGAGACAAGCCCAAGUAGUGAGCGAAGUUUCCUCUUCAGCGCCACCAAUUUGGCAGUAUUUAAACAGCUAGUGUUAGUUUCCUCAUGGGGGUUGAGGCAAGAGCUAGUUUUAUUGCAGAAUUUAGAUCAAGGAUCAGCCGUCAAAGCUGCCUCUCAGCAGUAUGGUGUGUCUGGAUGCAAUCUAGAAGUUUUUUUGGCUUUAGGCACAAAGUUGGGUGAUGUGAAGUUUUUACCUCACACUUUCCUAAUGUGAAGAACACAUCCAGUUUACGCAAGCCAGAGAAAGGAUAAAUGCCAAGUGCCCAACCAUUUAUAAACGAAUGUUUUUUAAUAUCACAAUCCAGAGUGG